AUGGGUCUGUGCUGCUCAGAAGGCGGAGAACAGGCUCAGGCCCAGGCCACGGCCAUGAAGACCUGGGCUGGUGCCAGUCCUGACACAGGCGGUCAAGGUGGCCUCCCUGCUGAGGUGGACAACAGCUGGGCCUGGCAGGCAGCCAGGUGGGUGGAGCGCAGGGGACGGCCCUGCAGGCACGGGGACAGCAGGUCAAAGGUCCCCGGGGGCAGGCACGGUCAGGAAGGCCCUCGGGCUGCAGGUGUGAGGGCAGGCCGAGUGGGGACUGUGGUCCCGGGUGGGCAGGGCGGAGCCUCACCCCAGGCGGGGGCUUCGAGCCCGGGGGCGCGGCCUGCCCAGGGGUCACGAGCACAGCCCGGGGCACCGGAAGCCGACUCCCUAAUCCCGCGGCUCCUCGCAGCCCAGUCGCUGCAUUCCCUGAGGGGCCGCCGGCGCCGGACCGGUCUCGCCGGUGACCUUCCCAGCGCGGCCUGCGGCGGAGCUCUGACCGCGCCCCGCCCGGGCGUCGCCAUUGGCUAG